AUGGAAGACAACCUCAUUUUAUCUGAACGGAAGGAAAAUGUGUUAUGGGUAACAUUGAAUCGCCCAAAAAAGUUCAACGCACUUACGCGAGUGAUGUUCCUCGAACUCUGUAGAAUUUUCAAAGAAGCUGCAGAUGAUGAUGAGAUUGCGUUUGUAGUUUUUACUGGAGGCAAAGGAAAAUACUAUUGCGCUGGGAGCGAUUUCUCACCAGCUGAAUUGGCAACUUUGCAUGAAAUCGAACAUCACGGUUAUAAACUAUUUGUCGACGUUUUAAUUGAUUUUCCCAAACCAGUAAUUGCUCUUGUGAACGGACACGCUGUUGGAGUUUCAGUUACUAUGCUGGGAGUUAUGGACGCUGUAAUUGCUAUUGAUACGGCUACCUUCCAAACCCCGUUUGCUGAUAUCGGAGUAUGCCCUGAAGCAUGCUCUAGUUACACACUUCCAAGAAUUAUGGGACAUCAGAAAGCUGCGGCGUUGAUGAUGUUCAGUGAGAAGUUUACCGCACAAGAGGCUUACACCGCUGGGUUGGUUACCAAGAUACUUCCGGCAGCAACAUUUGAAGAAGAUUCCAAGAAAGUUAUUGCCCGUUACGCAACACUUUCUCCAUUUACUAUGCAAGUUGGAAAAAAGCUGAUGAGAACCACUGAUAUCCAAGAUGCACUAUUGACAGUUAAUCGCAAGGAGGAAGUGGAACUGAAUGGAAUGUUUUCACGUGAGGACACUAUUGCCAGACUCACUGCCAAGUUUGUAAAGCCGUCCAAAAUUUGA